AAAACCAUGCAAACAAGCAAUCAAGGAAACUCAUUUGUGCAGCAUCAAAGGCAAUGGCGUCUCUAGCAACCUUGGCCGCCGUACAACCCGUCGCUGUUAAGGGCCUCGGCGGAAGCUCCCUUACCGGGACCAAGCUCUCCGUCAAGCCAUCUCGCCGCACCCUGGCAAGGACGAGCAUUAGCAGGUCCGGCGCAGUGGUGGCGAAGUACGGCGACAAGAGUGUCUACUUCGAUUUGGAGGAUUUGGGCAACACUACCGGGCAGUGGGAUUUGUACGGCUCCGACGCCCCCUCACCAUACAACCCCAUUCAGAGCAAGUUCUUUGAGACAUUUGCUGCUCCUUUCACCAAGAGAGGAUUGUUGCUCAAGUUCUUAAUUUUGGGAGGUGGCUCCACCCUUGCUUACCUCAGUGCCACAGCUUCAGGGGACAUACUACCCAUCAAGAAGGGCCCACAACUACCACCUAAGCUCGGACCACGUGGCAAGAUUUAAACUAUUCACUGACCCCACUUUAUUUUGUUGAUAUUUAUCUUCUUUUGUUCGGAAUGUAGUAUUCUUAAGCCUUCUCAAGACCAACCUCAGUGCUUGUUAUUCAGAACCAGUGAAAUUAUACUAUUAUUAUUGGGGAGGGACUUCAAUUCUUAUA